GUGAACUUCAAGUGAUUCUCGGCUUCUUUAAUUAACGGCUCCAAAUCAGGCGCGCGCACAGCACCGCUUCGGUGAUGAGGGUUGCGCACCCAUCUUCUUUAGCAACCGGGGAUCGUUAAAGGUUACCAAGUUGGCUCUCAGUAAAAAGAAAAUGAUUGCGAGAGCGGAAAGACGUCCCGAGAGUAGCGAUGGGGAGCUCGCAGUGACAAGGAUGCUGCUGCACAUCGCCUUUGCGCUCGCCUUGGACUUGUGAGAAGCUGUGUGUGACCGACAACCACGUCUUUUCGUGUGCGUGUGUGGGCGUGUGAGUGUGGGUGUGUGUGGGUGUGUGAGAGUGUGGGUGUCGGACGUCGCAUGUGAGGCGGCUUGCAUGUGUGUAUGAGUGUGUGUGGUCGACUCGAGGACCCUCUGCGCGCCGGGCUCCAUGGAUGAGGAGGGGAUGAUCUUCAACGUGCCCUACAGCAAGGUGCUGCUGCUGGGGGCCAUCGCCGCCGCCACCGCCUUCGGGGUCACCAUCGUCAUCGUGCUGGUCUGUGUUGGAUGCCAAAGGAAAGGAAAGAUAAAAUACUCCCCAACCAAUGGUACGAAGAAACAAAAAGGCAAUGCGAAUGCGCUGAGACAGUCCAAGAUGAACGCCAUGAGCAAGUCAGAUACGGGACUGCAUGAGAUGAACCGCCUUCCCAAUGGCAAUGGUGCUCCCAAGAGCCGUCCGGCCAGCAUGGACCUGCUCCUCCUGCACUGCCGUCGCUCCGCCUCCGACCUGCGCUCCUCCUCCUCCUCCCAGCCCCGCCACCUGCCCCAGGUGCCCGACGCGCCCGAGCACACCUACUCCCAGGUGGGGGUGGGACGCACCACCACCACCCGCGGCCUGGAGCCAGACGACGGCCUGUACGAGAGCGUGGGGGUGGGGGCGCCCCGCUACGGGCAUGGCGGCCACGGCCAUGGAGGUGGAGGGGAUGUGGUGGGGCUGGGGCUGGACUCCUCGGGGGUACCCCCAGCUCCACCCCCCACCUCCAACAACACUCCGGCCCAGCAGAGAGCUGCCAUGGCGGCCUCCCUGGCGGCGGCCUCCACCCUCCCCCCGCACAGCCCCGGCACCCCCCGUAGCAGCUGCAGCAGCGUCAGCACUGCCAGUGGGGUGAAUGGGAAGGCCGGUGGCGGCGGCACUGGUGGUGGUGGUGGUGGUGGCGGUGGCGGUGGGCAUGAUCAUCACAUCGUCCAUGCAGAGUACGCCACCAUACGCAAGGUGCGGCGGGCAGCGGGGAAUCGCCGGGACAACGGGGGCGGGUCGGCCGAGGCAGAGCACGCCUCGCUUCAACCCGAUACAAUGCAUCACGGAUGCAUGCCGGAACACAGCAAGAGCGUCUUCAAUCUCAAGUCCUUCCCCAAGGAGGCAGUGUUCAUGGGCAACGGUGAGCAAUACAUCUGGAAGCCGCCGGAAGAGGAUGACAUCAUCGCUCCCCCAGUGCCGGUGGCAGCAGCAGCAGCAGAGAAUGGCCAGAGUGGCGGUGGCUGUGGAGGUGGUGGAGGUGGAGGUGGUGGUGCUGGUGGUGGCAGUGCGACAGCCAUGGAGUCAGCGUCUGGGCCGCGUCACCACACCAUCAUAAGUAGCAGUCUGGCCGCCACCUACAGGAAGGGUAGUGUAGUGUGGAGUACCAUGUGGUGCCUUGGUGUAGAAUUGCACAUCGAGAUCUCAGAGAUGUACUCCACCGUGUGCAAGACCCUGAAGAGGAAGCACCAGGCCCAGGCAGCAGCAGCAGCAGCAGCCCAGGAGGGCGAGGGCCAGGGGAACCAGAACCCACCCAGUGGACCUGGUGGACCCCCCAGUGGACCCAGUGGGCCCGUGCCAGAGGAGGGGAGCGGCAAGAUGGCACCUCCUGGAUGGUCAACCACCAGGCCAGGUGGAGGAGGCGGAGGAGGAGGCGGAGGUGGAGGAAAUGGAGGAGGAGGCGGAGGUGUCCAGGAGGAGAUGCGGAUGAGGAGGCGCGCCCAGGAGGAGCCGUGCUAUGAGCCGGUCGGGGAGAAGAGCUGGCCCGGCAACGUGGCGGUGGAGGCGGACCCGGCGUACGCCACCAUCGACUCCCACUGGAAGCGCGAGCGGCAGGCCAACAUGGCCACGCUACGCGCCAAGAAGAAGCAACAGCAACCGCCCCCGCCCCCACCAAAACAACAAGAACAACAACAACAGAUGCAACAACAACAACAACAACAACAACAACAACAACACCCACAACACCCUCCACAGCCCCCCAGUCAGGGCCCAGGCAAGGCGCCUCCGGUGGAGAACUUCUACGAGACCAUCAACGAGGUGAAGCAGGGCAUCACUGCUGCCAACCCCAGCACCACCACCAUCUUCACCUUCAACGACGGCAUGGAGAUGUACGUCACCGGUCUGUAGAACACUAGCCGUAGCCAUGGCAACAGGUUCCGUCGUCGUCGCGACCUUUGAACCACAAUGCGUUUGGCACCAGACUGACGAGCAAGACUGUUUGCUUCUCAAGCCCACAGCGACAUGUAAAAUAUCUUGGUGGGGUAAAAAAGAAAAACCCAGCACCAAACACACCGUUUGUUAUUUUCUAUAUAUAACAUGUGUCCAUCCAAUAUCA